AUGCCCGUCCCUCCACAUCUUUGGCGCCCGAGAGACUACCGUAUCCCCGGAUUCGGUUCGGCCGGCCAGCUCAUUAGCAUGAUCGUCGCUGCCCACCCCGGUGCCACCACCGAGGCCAUCACCUACCCUGCCUGCGGUGGACAGUCGUCGUGCGGUGGUGUCGCUUACGGUGACUCGGCUAGGCAGGGCACCAACGCCGUUGCCAGCCAAGUCAACGCCUUCAACCAGAGGUGCCCCAACAGUCAAAUCGUUCUUGUCGGCUACUCUCAGGGUGGUCAAAUCAUGGACAAUGCCCUCUGCGGCGGCGGUGACCCUGGUGCCGGUAUCACCAGCACUGCCGUGCCCAUCUCCUCGGCCGCCGUUGGCCAGAUCAAGGCCGCCAUCUUCAUGGGCGACCCCGAUGGCAAUACGGCCUUGCCUACCAGGUCGGAACCUGCCGCGCCGGUGGAUUCGACGCCCGCCCCUCCGGCUUCGUCUGCCCCAACGCGAGCAAGCCAGGCCACCCACCAGGGCUACGUCGGCGUCUACGGCCAGCAGGCCCUCACUUUCGUCAACGGCAAGCUCGGCUCCAGCAGCGGUGGCGGCAACACCGGUGGCGGCAACACGGGAGGCGGCAACACCGGCGGCGGCACCAACUGCGCUGCCAAGUGGGGCCAGUGCGGUGGUCAGGGCUGGAGCGGAGCGACCUGCUGCGCGUCGGGAAGCACUUGCCAGGCUGCCAACCAGUGGUACUCUCAAUGCUUGGUGAGUUGUUUGGCCCUGAGCGACCUGUAUAUCGCAUGGUUCCGGCCUGUGGUUAACCGAAGUGACCACCUGACCCGUCCCGGCACACGCAUCUUUUCCCGGACAAAGGUGGGGUCGGAUGGCGGCGACUGGCCGCCGAACUGUCGCCCCACCGCGCCUUAA